GCAUGUGGCACGAUAAAUUCCGUCUAUCCGGUACCGAUGUGCAUGUAUCAACGAGUGCGCACAAAGAAUUGCAAAUGCGUCAAUCGUAGACACGACAACUUCACGGCCCCAGCUCGUCUCUCCAAAUUGAACGCCAUCAAACAUCUUUCCCAUUGUCCCAUUUACCUUCUUUAUGAGGUUGAGAGACACAACCGCAUGAAAGCGGCUACUCACUGUAUGUCACUGCGUCUUGUCAUUCGUCACUCAGACAUGCCUAGUCAGGCCGAAUUGUUGCCACCAACACUGGCAGCUGCGUGCAGUGUUACCCGUGGCACAAAUCUACGGCAUUUGAAUUGGCUGCUCCCGACUAAGUGCUUUUCCGUCCUCGCUUCCGCUGGCAAGGGUGCUGAGAUGUGUGAGAACUGCGAAUUCCACUGUGGAUAA